UGCUAAUUGAACCAAUUUGUACAAUUUCAGCAUGUAAAUAUUUAUUAUAGCCAGACUUUUCAGCUUGUACAUUGUCGCAUGCGCGAUGAUAUCUGGGCCUUCGAACAUUUAAAUGUUAACCAGUAGUAAUUACCUUAAAUUCCUACUCCUCUAUUCAUUUGCUAUAUAAGGUGGCUGUACGAUCCGUUGGCAUGCAAAAAUGUUUAAAAUUUUGCUGGUUCUAGUAGUGUCCAUGACCCGAAUUUGGGCCACAGACUACAUGGCAAUCCCUGAGGACUCAUUUCAGCCCUGCACGGACGGCCCACCCGGUUCCAUUGCCAUGGAGGAAGCCUUUUACACGGGAAACUUCAUGGCGGAUCUGGUUCCCGAAGGCAUUACCGUAUCGGGAAACGCCACAACGUUAUGGAAUUUUCCGAGAACAGAUCGCCUACAAGCCAGGGUGAGCGUUUUCCACUUUAAUCGUGGUACCUGGGAACCAACAGUGUUCAACGUACUCACACGGGACAUGUGCAUCGCUAUUUUUGACAAGAAUUCCUACUGGAACCAAGCAUGGUUUCAAAACCUUUUGAACAAGGAGGAAAUAAAGGAAAAGUGUUUGAUAACCAAAGAUACUGUUAUGGUGUAUAAUCCAUUCCUUUUAAAAUUGCGUGCGGAUAAUAUCAUUGGACCUCCUCUUAGUGGACGUUACAAAUCAAGGAUCAUCUUUGAAGCAUUCGACGUAAACGACAAUCGUCGUCCGACAUCUUUGUGCUUCGAGUUUACAGCACAGGUCGAGAGGAUAAGAAAAUAAACAAUAAUAAAUCACACAUUUUUUUAAUAGGUUUUUAAAGCUCGUUGUUUUAUAACUUAACAACGCGAAGAUUAAAAUUUAAGACAAUAUAUUUAACGAGAAGAUUAAAAACAUAAAUGUUAAACACUCAAACAUAGAACAAUAUAUUGAAUGCUUGGGAUCCACGAACAAGGAUAAGUUAACCAAAUAACUCAGUACCAAAAUAUGAUAAGUAUGUGAGUAUGAUAAUUCUAUGCCGUUGUCUUUUCAGACUUUUGAUCCGUAUAAGCCAUUCACUUGCGGAAAACAUCAGUUUUAUCCUUGAAGCAUUUGACAAAAACAACAACCAUCGAGCGACAUGUCGAGAUGAUAAGAA